AUGCGUAGUCUGCAUAUAAAAAUUGUCGGCUUGAAAAGCCAUCCAUGCAGACGUUCCCCUAUGCCUUUCGUUUAUGCUGGUGUUCGUCCAUCUGAAAUUGGAAACUUUCAAUUUACAUCAAAAUCCAACGCUCUGCCACCAUUCUGGGACAAAAACUUCGAUUUUGUUUUCCAGGAUAACCAGGUUAGCAAUUUAGACUUUAUUGUAGCCGAAUCACGCUUAAUGAUGGUUCAUGAAGAACUAGGAAGAGUUUCUAUUCCACUUAAAUGGCUUCCAUACAACUAUGUUGUUGCUGAGUGGAUUCCAGUUUCUACAAAUCGUAAUUUUAUCGAUCCAAUAUGGAUGUUAGUUAUGUUCCAUUAUUGUGACACCAAUGUAGCUGCAUUUUCACAGGAAAGAGUUCCAUUUGCUGCAACACCACCAUGGCCACAAACUCCAGUUACAGAUCAAGAUCUAGAAAUUGUUUGGAAACCAAUUCAAGCAUUUAUCCCUCCUGUAGCUCCAUCUGAAAGUGGUGAGCUACGUCUACGUCAGCAGGAAAUGCAACAAGCUAUGUAUGGCUCUUUUAAGUUCCAAAAUUCAGAUAUUCCUUUAGUUGAUCAUUAA